AUGCAAGUAUCGCGUACAGUCUACCGCGCCGCUCUCCUGCACCUAUCCGUCAGUCCCUUCGUGCGCGCUUCAGUUCCAGCUGGUACUACUGCCUGGACAUCCCUCAACGCGGCAACCCAAGCACCCAACACCCGGCUCUACAGCAUCCUCUUCCCGCAGUGCACAACCACCUUCAAAGCAUCAGACUGCACGCGUCAAACACGCACAAUGUGUGACUCAAGCUCGAACUCCGACUCGGCAGCCGCUACGUCCUCAACCCCCGCCACCCAAAACGAAAACACCCAAACCCAAGAGUCCCAAGAACAAGAACCCAAAAAACAUCUCUACCUCCCCGCUAGCGACCCUGAAAAUCCCAUCGCGAACCAACAGGGGGAUGGAAGCAUUAAACUCGAUAUGAGCGGAGGCGGGACGGAGGUGAAAUUGGAUCAUCUAGGUCCAAUGGUGGUUAACGUGGAUGGGACGUUGUCGCAAAUCGGGAACUGGCAGCAGAUGACGGAGAUUGAGAAGACUAAUACUCUGCGCGUCCUUGGAAAGCGGAAUCAGAAGCGGUUGGAGGCUUUGAGGGCUAAGGAGAAGGCGGAAGGAGGGUCGGAAUAA